GCACGACUUCUUAUGAUUGUGUUCUAAGCUUUCUUCUUGUUUCGCCAUUUUAAGAUCAUCAUUAUGUUUCAUUUUUAUUUUGAUUUCAUGGAUACAAAAACAAGAAGAUGAAUUGGGAAUUCACCCCAAAUCAAAACCUAAACAAACAUUUGUUUGACAAACCUGCUUAGCUAAGAAAUUGAGUAUCUUGCCGCUUCAAGUUAAUCUUUAUCUACUCAUGAGCCUUAACGCGAGGUACCAUCCAUUAGAUCCGAAAUCCAUCAAAUCUUUCUCUAACCACAAGUUUUUACGAGGCAUUAUCAAUUAUACCCGAAAUUCACCCUUUACCAAAGCAUCUUGUGACACUUUAAGAGAUUUUAGUAAAAAAUAAGAAAAAAAAAAACUCAAAGAGUGCACGUAUCAAUUUGAGGGAAUCCCCUUUGAAUUUCAGAUGGGAUAUAAUCUCAGCCAAACCCUAACUGCCAUACAUAUAUAUAUAUGUAUAUAUCAAAAGAAAGAAUGAAAGAAAACGGACGUCUGCCCGAAUCGAAAACAAGAACAGACAGCAAGUCUCAAUAUCAAAGGAGUAUUGUGGGUGAAACGUAAAGUAUAAGCAAAUAAGCAAUGGUUGCGUUUAGUUACUGUUAGCAGUUGGAGAAAGUUAACGGCUGGUCUUAAAAAUAGCCCAAAAAUUGAAAAAAAAAAAAAAAAAAAAAAAAGAAGAAAGAAUAUUAGUACUCUAGUCUCUUCCCUCCACAAUUCUAUCCCAUCCCACAAGAUAGAAGAGAAGCUCAUACAUUGCCCAAAAACCCAGACUAACUCUUUUUCUUUAAUGGCUUCUUUGCCUUCAGUUUCUCUCAGUAGCACUCUCAAGCUUGAACCUGAACUCCGUAAACAUCCCUCUUCUUCUUCUCUGCCUACCGAAAAGAGCCCGAGUACUUCAUAUCAGAGGAGUUCCAUAAACACCCAAUUGGAUGGAAGUUUAGAACCAAUUAAGCCUUUAGAGUUCCAUGAAGCUCUUUGUUUUAUUAAGGAGGAGAAAAAGAUUGAACCCUCUUAUUAUCUUCCCCUUUUACAAGAAUGCACAAAGAAGAAUUCUGUCUCAGAAGCCCAAGUUAUUCAUGCCCACAUUAUAAAGACAGGAACCCACAAAGAUCUUGCUGUCAUGACAUCUCUUGUCAAUGUUUAUGCAAAAUGUGGAGCAAUGGGAAAUGCUCGAAAAAUCUUUGACAGUUUGCAUCGAAGAAAUUUCGUUGCUUGGACAGCCCUUAUGACGGGUUAUGUUCAAAAUUCGCAACCAAAUAUAGCAAUUGAUGUUUUUCAAGAUAUGUUGGAAUCGGGGACUCUACCUUCGAAUUACACUCUAGGAAUUGCUCUCAAUGCUUGUUCGGCUAUUAACUCUAUCAAAUUGGGGAAACAGUUGCACGCUUUUGUUAUUAAAUAUAAGCUUGAUUACGAUCCAAGUAUUGGAAAUGCUCUUUGCAGUUUAUACUCAAAACUUGGUAGCUUGGAUUCUUCUAUUAAUGUCUUCCAGAGCAUUGGAGAAAAGAAUGUGAUUUCAUGGACUGCAGUUAUUUCUGCUUGUGGUGAAAAUGGCAAAGCAGCAAUGGGUUUGAGAUUCUUCAAUGAGAUGCUUCUUGAGGAUAUUAAGCCUAAUGAGUUCACAUUAACUACUGUUUUGAGCUUAUGUUGCGUGACACUGGCUUUGGUUUUGGGGAGACUGGUUCAUUCCUUGAGCAUUAAACUUGGGUAUCAAUAUAAUCUACGUAUAACAAAUUCUAUCAUGUACUUGUACCUCAAAUGUGGACACAUGGACGAGGCGCAGAUUUUGUUUCAUAAGAUGGGAUCUACUAACUUGGUUACAUGGAAUGCAAUGAUUUCCGGCCAUGCACAGGCAAUGGAUCUUGCAAAGGAUGACUUCUCAGCACAACGAAGUGGAAUUGAGGCACUAAGCAUUUUCUUGGAAUUGAAUCGCACAGGCAAGAAGCCUGAUCUAUUCACUUUGUCAAGUGUUUUGACUGUAUGCAGUAGGCUGUCAGCCUUAGGACAAGGGGAACAACUUCAUGCUCAAACCAUUAAAUCUGGGUAUUUGUCAGAUGUAGUUGUGGGAACUGCACUUGUUAACAUGUAUAGCAAGUGCGGAAGCAUUGGGAAAGCCAGUAAAGCUUUUGUGGAGAUGUCCACAAGAACUUUAAUAUCAUGGACUACAAUGAUCACAGGUUUAGCACAGCAUGGCCAUUCUGAGCAAGCACUACAACUUUUUGAGGAUAUGAGGCUGGCAGGAGUUAGACCUAACCAGAUUACUUUUGUGGGUGUUCUGGCCGCUUGUUGUCAUUCUGGAAUGGUCGAUGAGGCACUUGGAUAUUUUGAGAUGAUGCAAAAGGAGUACAGAAUCAAGCCUGUGAUGGACCACUAUGGAUGCCUGAUUGCUAUGUUUGUGAAGUUGCGUAGGCUAGAUGAAGCUUUUGAUAUUAUCAACAAAAUGGAUUUCGAGCCCAGCGAGUUCAUAUGGUCAAUCUUGAUUGCAGGAUGCAGAAAUCUCGGGAAGCAAGAACUAGGAUUUUAUGCUGCUGAACAGUUACUCAAACUCAAGCUAAAAGAUACUGAGACUUAUGUCACCCUGUUGAAUAUGUACAUCUCUGCAAAGAGGUGGCAAGAUGUUUCCAGGGUCAGAAAAUUGAUGAAAGAGGAGAAACUUGGAAAAUUUAACGACUGGAGCUGGAUUACUAUAAAGGAGAAGAUUCAUUCAUUUAAAACCACUGGCCGUUUGCAUCCUCAUAAUGCGAAGAUGUACGAGUUGCUGGAGGAAUUGCUUGAUAAAGCAAAGGGUUCCGGAUACCAGUCAACGCAACAUAUGGAGAUACUUGAUGGUGAGGAGGAGGUCGAGGAUGAGGAGGAGAAAAAGAUAAUAUCUUCUGCUGUUUAUCACAGUGAGAGGUUGGCUAUUGCAUUUGGGUUGUUGAAUACGGAAAAGGACGCUCUGAUAAGGGUUAUGAAGAGUGUUCAAAUGUGCAAAAACUGCCAUGAUUUUGUUAAGGUCAUCUCAUUACUCUGCAAUAGGGAAAUCAUCAUUCGAGAUAGCAGGCGGCUUCAUAAGUUUGUUAAUGGGCAGUGUUCAUGUGCAGAUUUUAGUGAACUUCUAUGACAUCUCAGUAUAGUUGAUUAACAUGCUUACCAUUUCCUAGACAUACUAAGUUUUAUUAAAAAUUUAGUAUUGUCGAGAAGCAAUCAAAAUUCUGUCCAAGUAUCUUUUAAUUUCA